CUUUCAAUAAUCAACUUCAUUCUAAAUUGAAAAAAUAUAUUCAAAUAUUAAACAUGAAGUUCUUCAUUUGUGCCCUUGUUAUGUGUGCCCUCUCUACGACCGCUCUGUCAAAUGUUGUUCCGCUCGCAUUGAGUUCUCCACUUCUUUAUUCAGCAGGACCAGGAUAUGUCAUUGAUAACUCUCAACAGAUUGUUUUUCCAGCUCCAUCAGCUCCAUCCGGUGUCUAUCUUUAUAGCAGCCCUCUCGUCCUACCAUCAGUUAGAUUAAGUGCUGAAGGUACUUAUAUCGAAAGGACACCUGGCUCUGAACAUAUUGCUUCACUUCCUGGACACUACGCCUCAGCUUCUUCUAUCAACUUACAACAAGCUCCAGGAACCAAUCAAGACAAAACUAGAGAUUCCAGCACCCUUGCUCCAUCAGUAGCAAUUCAUGGUUCAGCUUUCCCAGCAGUUUUUCCGCUAACUUAUUCUCCGUUUGUUAUUCCAGCACCAAUUGUUGUUCCUAGUGAAGCAACUUAUGUAGCUAAAAAUCUUGGAAUUGAACAUAUUGCUCCAUUACCAGGACAUUCAUUAUCGGCUUUGUCUUUAAACUUGGAACCAGCACCAGGAUCGAAAUAAUUUCACAAACUACUUCAACUGGAAGAAAUCAAUGAUACCACGACCAAUACCAUUAAAACAAAAACUGAUACAAAUGAGUUAUGAAAUAAAUCCACUCUUUUAAAUAA